AUGGGCUGGGACGAGGCCAAGUUCAAGCACUUGGGCCCGUGGGUCCCUGUGCUGGCUGUCCUCCUGCUAGGAACCUGCCGGGCGCAUCCCAUUCCAGACUCCAGCCCCCUCCUCCAGUUUGGGGGCCAAGUCCGCCAGCGGUACCUCUACACGGAUGAUGCCCAGGAGACAGAGGCCCACCUGGAGAUCAGGGCCGAUGGCACAGUGGUGGGGGCGGCCCGCCAGAGUCCCGAAAGUCUCUUGGAGCUGAAAGCCCUGAAGCCAGGAGUCAUUCAGAUCUUGGGAGUUAAAACAUCCAGGUUCCUGUGCCAGGGGCCAGAUGGGAAGCUGUACGGAUCGCUGCACUUUGACCCCAAAGCCUGCAGCUUCCGGGAGCUGCUUCUUGAAGAUGGGUACAAUGUCUACCAGUCGGAGACCCUGGGCCUUCCACUCCGCCUGCCCCCGCAGCGCUCAUCCAACCGGGACCCGGCCCCGCGGGGACCUGCUCGCUUCCUGCCGCUGCCAGGCCUGCCCCCGGCGCCCUCGGAUCCUCCAGGGCUCUUGGCCCCCGAGCCUCCCGACGUGGGCUCCUCGGAUCCCCUGAGUAUGGUGGGACCCUCGUAUGGUCGAAGCCCCAGCUACACUUCUUGA